GAUACUUUUAGCGAUUGACGAGAUCACAUGAUUAUUCACGCAGUAGGGCGAUUUAUCAGCUGACAGUGUGUGAAAAGUUCAAACAUUUUAAAAUGUCCUACGAAGAAGAUAACGCAGCAUACAAUUCUAAUUAUGUUGUUGGUUCUUACAACAAAGAUUUUGAAUAUGGUUCUGAUGAACCUGAUGGAGAAUUUCAUGGAUCAGAUUCUGAAGAGCAAAAGCCUAGAAUUUUGUUAAUGGGGUUGAGAAGGAGUGGAAAAUCUUCUAUUCAAAAAGUUGUGUUUCACAAAAUGUCUCCCAAUGAAACAUUGUUUCUAGAAAGUACCAACAAAAUUGUAAAAGAUGGCGUUUCAAACAGCUCCUUUGUUCAAUUUGAAAUUUGGGACUUCCCUGGCCAGAUUGAUUUUUUAGACCAAACAUUUGAUUCAGAUACUAUAUUUGCUGGGAGUGGAGCACUUGUAUUUGUAAUUGAUGCUCAAGAUGAAUAUAUGGAAGCAUUAGAUAAAUUAAAAAUGACUGUCGCCAGAGCUCAAAAAGUGAACUCGGAAAUAAAAUUUGAAGUGUUCAUUCAUAAAGUUGAUGGUCUUACAGAUGAUCAUAAAAUUGAGACACAAAGAGAUAUUCAUCAAAGAGCAAAUGAUGACCUCCUGGAUGCUGGUUUAGAAAAUGUCAAUUUGAGUUUUUAUCUCACAAGUAUAUAUGAUCACUCUAUAUUUGAAGCUUUUAGUAAAGUUGUUCAGAAGCUUAUACCUCAACUACCAGCUUUAGAAAAUCUAUUAAAUAUUUUUAUAACUAAUUCUGCAAUUGAGAAAGCUUUUCUAUUUGAUGUAAUUAGUAAAAUAUAUAUUGCAACUGACAGCACGCCAGUAGAUAUGCAGUCCUAUGAAUUGUGUUGUGAUAUGAUUGAUGUCGUUAUAGACAUCUCUUGUAUAUAUGGGUUAAAGGAAGAUGAAGGUAGUGCUUUCAAUUCCAAAUCAUCUAAUAUUAUUAAAUUAAAUAAUAAUACUGUACUUUAUUUAAGAGAAGUCAACAGGUUUCUUGCUUUAGUUUGUAUACUCAGAGAAGACAAUUUCAAUAGACAAGCACUCAUCGAUUACAACUUUCAUUGUUUUAGACAAGCUAUACAAGAAGUGUUUGAUGUUAGAUUUAAGUCUCCAAAAACUUCCCGCUCCAUGUCACGCAACAACUCAGCAGCGGGAAAUGGGUUGACGAAUGGUUAUGGAGAUCAGCCAUAAUGUUUUAACUAUGUGUGCCAUUCAUUUGUACAUGGUGUUUUCUCAGUCCUGUGGCAAAAUUCAGAAAUAUCCUUAUCAUUGAAAUUUUUGAUUUAAAAGAUAUUUGUUUAAAAAUUAUAUGUCUAGUUACUUUUUUCUUAAUAGCUGUUUUGUGUUGGUUGCAAAUUUAUUUGGUUAACUUUCAGAUAGAGUGGAACCUUGCUAUUCACACGCAGUUGAGGCAGUGA